UUCCUCCUCCUCCUCCUCCUCCUUCGCCACCGCCGGACACGCAGCCGCAGGCCGGGGCCGGGACGCAGCUGGGGAGGCAGGGACGCGCGCAGCCAGCCCUUCCCCCUCCGGCUCCCGCACCGCCGGCCGCCUCCCCUCGCCCUCCUCCUCUCCCCUCCCGGCUCCUUCGCUUCUCCUCCUCCUCCUCCUCCUCUCCUGGCCCCGGCUGCCGGCACCAUGUCCGCAGGGGGAGAUUUUGGGAACCCACUGAGAAAAUUCAAGUUGGUGUUCCUGGGGGAGCAGAGCGUCGGGAAGACGUCUCUGAUCACGAGGUUCAUGUACGACAGCUUCGACAAUACGUACCAGGCAACCAUUGGAAUUGACUUCUUGUCAAAAACCAUGUACUUGGAAGAUCGUACGGUGCGGCUGCAGCUCUGGGACACAGCGGGCCAGGAAAGGUUCCGCAGCCUGAUCCCCAGCUACAUCCGGGACUCCACGGUGGCCGUGGUGGUGUACGACAUCACAAACCUCAACUCCUUCCAGCAGACCUCUAAGUGGAUCGAUGACGUCAGGACGGAGAGGGGCAGUGAUGUUAUCAUCAUGCUGGUGGGCAACAAGACAGACCUGGCGGACAAGAGGCAGAUAACCAUUGAGGAGGGGGAACAGCGCGCCAAAGAGCUGAGCGUCAUGUUCAUCGAGACCAGCGCGAAGACCGGCUACAACGUGAAGCAGCUCUUCCGACGUGUAGCGUCGGCUCUGCCUGGAAUGGAGAAUGUCCAGGAGAAAAGCAAAGAAGGGAUGAUCGACAUCAAGCUGGACAAGCCCCAGGAGCCCCCAGCCAGCGAAGGUGGCUGCUCCUGCUAAUGCAGCCGGAGCCGCGGGCUUCCUCCGACACUACUCGCUUGUUGUGUUGCUUCCUAUUGGUUAGCUUCCUAAAGGGGGUGGGAAAUGAGCUUAUC